AAACAUUUGAUUCAGUGCAUGGAAGUGAACCUGAAGUGAACCAGCAGCACGAUUCGUUCAUUUCAAAGAUUCGUUUAAAAACACUGAAUCGUUAACAGCACAACUGUGAUCCAUUUCGAGACGUUUAUCUAAGGUUACAUGGAAUGGAUACAGUCUUGGAUACCGUUUUUGCGAAAAAUAAAUAAAUAAAUUGAUGUUCAAAACAGAUCGCAUGAGCCUCGUCGAUGGAAACUUUUUAAUCACGGACUGUGUUUCUGGUUUGGGUACUUUGUGCUGUCCCAGCUAAUGUAGUUGCAGCGGUCAACUAUAAGAUUUAUGUUAUCAGAGCUGCCAUUUAACAUGUUUUAAAGGAUCUGUUUCCAUACGCUGGCAGCAUCACGUGCAAACCUGCCAACGCCUUUGCUCUCUUUGGCUUCGUUAUUCUCCAAACUCUAGGAUAAUUACAACCGCGUUCAGUUUUAAAGGUUUUUUAAAUUAAUUGUUUUAUAAACGUUUUGGAAAAUGGGUUGCACUUUAAGUGCUGAAGAUAAAGAAGCGAUGGAGAGGAGUAAGAUGAUUGAUCGGAACCUUCAAAAGGACGGAGAGAAAGCAUCCAGAGAAGUCAAACUACUGCUGCUCGGUGCUGGGGAAUCAGGGAAGAGUACAAUAGUUAAGCAAAUGAAGAUCAUUCAUGAAGAUGGUUACUCAGAUGAGGAGUGCAAGCAGUAUAAAGUCGUGGUUUACAGCAACACUAUCCAGUCCAUCAUCGCCAUUAUCAGGGCCAUGGGCCGUUUGAAGAUCGACUUUGGGGACUCUGCAAGAGCGGAUGACGCUCGUCAGCUUUUCGUGCUCGCGGGCACUGCAGAGGAAGGGGUCAUGACCUCUGAGCUCUCUGGGGUCAUCCGCCAGCUUUGGAAGGAUGAAGGAGUCCAGACGUGUUUCCUCAGAUCACGGGAGUAUCAACUCAAUGAUUCAGCAGCAUACUAUCUGAAUGACCUGGAUAGGAUAUCCCAGCCCACCUACAUGCCCACUCAACAAGAUGUGCUUAGAACUCGGGUCAAGACCACUGGCAUUGUAGAAACACACUUCACCUUCAAAGAGCUCUACUUCAAGAUGUUUGAUGUUGGAGGUCAGCGUUCAGAGCGGAAAAAAUGGAUUCAUUGUUUUGAAGGCGUCACUGCCAUUAUCUUCUGUGUGGCGCUCAGCGACUAUGACCUGGUCCUAGCUGAAGAUGAAGAGAUGAACCGAAUGCAUGAGAGCAUGAAGCUUUUUGACAGCAUCUGCAACAAUAAGUGGUUCACAGACACAUCCAUCAUCCUCUUCCUCAAUAAGAAGGAUCUGUUCGAAGAGAAGAUCAAGAAAAGUCCACUCACGAUAUGCUACCCAGAAUACUCUGGAACGUAUGCAUAUGAGGAAGCCGCGGCCUACAUCCAGUGCCAGUUUGAGGAUCUGAACAAAAGAAAGGACACUAAGGAGAUCUACACACACUUCACCUGUGCCACAGACACCAAGAACGUACAGUUUGUGUUUGAUUCAGUCACUGAUGUCAUCAUCAAGAAUAACCUCAUAGAGUGUGGCCUCUAUUGAAGCAUCAUCUGUGUGCUAAGUUGUUUAUGGAAAAUUUCUGAACUUCACUGGCUGGUUGUUCCUGGUUUUAUCCGAGCAAGAGAGACUGCCACCCCGCUGCUUGCACCCUUCACGCUAAAUGCGGUACCCAUGACCAUGAACAGGAUUUUUUAAAACAUUUUAUUUCUCUUUAUUCUUUUAUUCAUAAUGACAGUCUGUGAUGGUCAUUAUUUCUUUGCCACUUCCUUUUAGUCUUAUUUUAUUUCCAAUAUUCCUCUAUAGGUAUUACAUGAAACACUACUAUGCAUAGAUCAAAAUACAAAAUUGACGAUAUUAUGUGUGACUAUAUGCCAACCCCCAUUAGAUCAAAUAUCUUUAAGAUUUCAAUAAUAGUCAUAUUAAUAACAGUGUAUCAGUUCUUAUGGGAAAGAAAGUUUUUCAUAGUGAUUAUUUGCUAAUUUAUUACUUAUUUAGGUCUGUCUUUAAGACUUUAUUUGCAAACAGCAGAAUUUCUAAGAAUUAAGUUGCUAUGAUGAGUGAAACGUUAUGUUAUUGUUGUAACUAGUAAUUCACAGCCUAAACCCCAAACACACAGCUACAGGAUAAUUUUUUUAAACUAAUUAUUGUACAUGAAUCACUUAAUAUAACACGCUUUAUAUAACACACUAUUUUUGUAUUUCUUGAGAACCUGUAAAGGUGUGAACAAAUACUUUUCUCACAGAUGCAUUUCUGAAUGGGGCUAAAAUUAUGACCCUCUGUUUGGUCAAGCACUUGGGAACAAAUGCCACGAAAACAGAGCAUGAUGGCCGGAUUAUUUACAUUCAUGUCUUGGAGUACAGCCUUUUCUAAGACUUGUUUAAUGUGCUUUUGUUUAAUCCUGUGGAUUUUAGUAUUUUUUUAAACAAACUGACACAAUGUGAUCUGGUUUGUAAUACCUGUGUUGAAUAUGAAAAGGGUUUCCAUUGAUUUAAGACUAAUGUCUUUAACAUCUUGAACAUGCCAAAUAGUCACUAAAAUAUUCGCAAGACAGCCAUUAUCCAUAUAUUUCCAACACUGGUACUUUGAUGUACUCAAUGAAUUAGUUGGAAUUCAUUCAACAAUCUGUGAUUUCCUGUUUAUAUCCCUACUUUAUUUGAAUUAUUUUUAACAUAAAAAGUGCAAAUGAACAACUAAUGGUAAUGAUCGCACUGAAUCACUAAUAUGCUAUAAACUUGGUUUUAGUUUCUUAACACAUUGGGAAUUAUUUUAAAAUGUUUUGGCUUAAAGGUUGUUUCUCAUUAUGUCACCAAUUGCUGCAGUUUUAAAAAAAUACUUAUGCAAACCUUUAAGUAAACCCAUAUACAUAAUCAUGAUCAGAAAUUAACUUUAACAGCCAUCAGUUGAAAAUAAUCUAUUUUUUAAAACAAUAGAUCAAAGAAUAUUUGAUCAUUUUAGUCUUCAAACGGCGAAGACAACUAUACAGAUUUUUUUACACUAAGAAUUAUACCUAAAUGUAUUUUACCAUUUGUCUUAUUUUAAUGAGACCGUGUAUCUGAUUUAAUAUUGUGCAAUUGCCAAUUUUGGCUCUUUUAUUUCCUACUAUUCCAGUUGUUGUUUUUUUUCUGAUUGUGCCUGUGGCUCUGAAUGUGUAUUUAUGUGUAGUGUCACGAUUGCUGGAUAUCUUUACUAAUUUUAGCUGUUUUUUUUUUUAUUAUUAUAUAAUGCUCUUAGCAAAAAGAGUGUUUUGUAUUGUGGUUCAUUCAAAAUUAGAUCUGACAUGGGGUCAGUGUUUGAAAAUCCCAAUUAAUACAAUGUAAGGGGUCUCUUUCGUGAAAAUGCACAAUUACUAUGGCGCUAAUAGCCAGACAAUUACAGCACAUAGUAAUCUGACACCAACAACCAGUGGAAUUGAUGCAAGUCUUUAUUUCAUGUGCCUACAUUUACAUUCCAGAACAUCUCCACAAAUGCAGACCUCAGGUUUAAAAUAAAGCAACAGGCCAUUCUAGAAUUUUCACAUGUUACUGUAAUACUGUAUCAUAAAUAUAUAUAUUUAUGUCUCCAUAUAUAUUUUAUAUAGAAUCUUCUUGAAACAGAAUUUUUGUUUGCCUACUCUUAUUUACAUAACAUAAUGCCCUACUAUGUUUGGGGCUGAAAAAGGAACAUCUUUCACAUAUUGCGUUAGCUGGUUAAAUUUAAACAAUCAGGUCUUGAUGGUAUGCAGGUUUUUCCUUUCUCAAAGGAGACCAGACACUGCGCAGCAUUGUACGUGUUUCUAAUUGUUAUCAUGGGAAUCUGAUGUCCCACUAUAAUGUCUUUAUUACAGCAAAAUUCAAUUGCAUUAAAUUUACUUUUCUUUUUCUGGAAA